GGUGUCUGUUUAACCUAUAACUGCAAUUUAAAUCAAAUGAGAUGAAAUUAACCUAUUAUUUACUUCGUUUAAUGUUCCCUUUCCCUCUUCGUUUGUGUUUGAAUCUUAUGUUUGAACGUUGUUCAUAACCGGACGUGUAAACGUGUGGGAAUCAUUUCUGAGAACAACUGCGAGCUCUGCACACAUGGCUGUGUUGCUACAGCGCCCCCACGCGGCCCUGGCCUUUCUCUUCUUGUACUGCCUGACCGGUGGCCUGUCCAUCCCAGACCCCAGGCAGAGACAGGCCCUCAUACAGCUGGAGGCCUCCAUGCAGACGGGUGGACAGCUGGUAUUGACUGAUGCAGAGCAACAGCUGGACGCUCUUUUGUUUAAACUGAAGCAGGAGGAGAUAAUGAGAGCAGACUUUCCUCCCGCCAUGCACUUCUUCAAGGCCAGACCCCUCAUCAGGACCAGUCCCAUCUUUGGUCUGCUUCAGAAGAUGCCUAAAGGGGGAGCCCUCCAUGUCCAUGACUUCUCCAUGACUAGCGUGGAGUGGCUAGUGAAGAACGCGACCUAUCGGCCCCACUGCUACAUGUGCUUCACCGACAACGAUUCCAUCAGAUUCAUCUUUUCAUCUCUAUGGCCCAAAUCUCUGCCACAUUGUUCUCCCUGGAUCCUGCUGGAAAACCUCAGGGCCAAGAUGGCCAACACCACAGAUCUGGACAACAGCAUCAUGGGCAACCUGACAAUCUUCACCGACCAGGAUCCAGAAACAGUGUACCCCAGUCAGGAUGUGAUAUGGAAUAGGUUUGAACAGGCCUUCCUUGCAUUGUGGGGUCUGGUCACAUAUGCUCCUGUGUUCAGAGACUACUACUACCAAGGCCUGACUGAGUUUUACAUGGACAACGUCAUGUAUCUGGAACUGCGGGCUUUACUCCCAGAGAUAUACGAGUUGGACGGCAGCACUCAUGACACAGUGUGGACUCUGAAGACUUACGAGGAUGUCACCAGGCAGUUCACAUCAGAGCACCCAGACUUCUUUGGAGCAAGAAUCAUCUUCACAGUCCAUAGGGGAGUUAAUAUCUCUGUGAUGACCGCAGUUGUGGAGGAGGCUAUGAAGCUACAGAGAGACUUCGCUGAUAUCAUGGCUGGUUUUGACCUGGUGGGCCAUGAGGACAGUGGCAAACCCCUGUGGUAUUUCAGAGAUGCCUUGUCACUGCCAGCAGAGAGAGGGAUGCCGCUUCCUUUCUUUUUCCAUGCUGGAGAGACUGAACUUGAAGGCACAGACGUGGACCAGAACAUGUUGGAUGCUCUUUUGUUGAACACCUCCCGUAUUGGCCAUGGAUUUGCUCUGCUUCGCCACCCACUUGCCAAAGUUCUAUCCAAGAAGAGAGGAGUGGCUGUGGAAGUUUGCCCCAUCUCUAAUCAGGUGAUGAAGCUAGUAAAAGAUCUGCGAAACCAUCCAGCAGCUGCACUGAUGUCAGAGAACCACCCACUGAUCAUCAGUUCUGAUGACCCUGCCAUGUUCGGUGCCUCUGGACUCUCUUAUGACUUUUAUGAAGCUUUUGUGGGCUUUGGUGGCAUUAGAUCCAGUAUAGGCACCCUCAAAGAGCUGGCCAUAAGCUCUAUUAGGUAUAGUUCUUUGACUGUGAAGCAACAGGAGAAAGCCCUGGCUCUGUGGCAGAGAAGAUGGGAGAAGUUUGUCUCUGAAAAUGCUCUUUGAGAGGAGCUUGUUUUUAUUUAAAUGUUGUCUGUAUGGCAAUCUGCACAUGACUUCAUGCUUCAUUUGAGAGAGGAAUGCAUAGGUAAAUUUGAAAUGGAAAUGUUAAAACCGUCUUUCCUGCUAUGACAGGUGGUAUCUGCUGUGAAACAGUGCUUGUCCCAUGGUGCCACAAAAUGGAGUGGAUGAAUGCAUUACAGACAAGUGAGGGUGAUUACUUGAAGUACACAUAGGAAAUGUCUGGUUUUAUAAGGGAUUUUUACUGUAUUUGCACUUUAAGAGUCACGUUUGCCUUUGUCAGAUUUCUUUUAGUGGGUUUGUGGUUUGCUUGUGUUUUGUAAGAGUGAAAACCUUGUUAAAAUCGUUUAGAUUUUUAGCUGUCAUGGAUAUAAACAGGCAUAGUUGAACUUUGAAGUGAACAGAAGCUGACAUUUUAAUCUAAAAGUCAAAAACUCAAAACAAGUGGAUCAUAUUUGCUUUAAGGUAUUUUUGGAAGCAUUAGCCGAGCUUCAUAUGAACAACUGUCAGUGUCAUCCAGACAGAUUUAAGUGUUGAGAGCUGCUGAACUUGAAUUUGACAGUUAGAACCAACUGUUGAUUUACUGUGUGCUUCAGUUUCUUCGGUGUUCUUCUCAUGUAGCAUCACUAUCAGUACUGAGCCACUGUAAUGAGCCAGUCAUCAGCGCAGCCUGUCAUCCAUCUGUCAUCUGCUGCAGGUGUUGAAUUUGGAGAAGAAGCUGUCGUCAAUACGUCCUCUUUCAAUGUCUGCUUUCCUUAAAGUGACACACAGUGAGACAGUGUUUUUUUGUUUGCUUGAAUAUCUGCUGAAUGUAGAUCUGAAUGAAAAAUUCCUUAAUGUUACUCACUGUUCUUUCUGUGCCUGUGCCAGUUUGUUGUUGGUGCUGUCCAGGUGUUGUCUCAGCUGCUUGUUGAGUCUUGCCUGCUGUCUCUCUAUCAACAAAGCUGUACGAGCCGAGUCCCUGCGGAUACGAUCGAGUUGCUCCUCUUCUUGUUUUUUCUCUAAUUCCAUCCUCUACAGACACACAGAUGACAAAGACAGACAUGCUCACCCAGCAGCUCCCCGUGGAUUGCUUUUUAAAUUAUUAAACUUUGAGUCUUUUGAGUGUCA